AUGGGUGUCAAGGACGUAUUAAAGAGAAAGAGUGGUGUUAUUGUUGGUGAUGAUGUUAGAGCUUUGUUCAACUAUGCUAGAGAGCACCAAUUUGCUAUUCCAGCUAUUAACGUAACAAGUUCUUCCACUGUUGUCUCCGCUUUGGAAGCCGCAAGAGAUGCUAACUCUCCAAUUAUUUUGCAAACUUCUAACGGUGGUGCUGCAUACUUUGCUGGUAAGGGUGUCUCAAACGAAGGUCAAAAUGCUUCCAUUAAGGGUUCUAUUGCUGCAGCUCAUUACAUUAGAUCUAUUGCUCCAGCUUACGACAUUCCAGUUGUUUUGCACACUGACCACUGUGCUAAGAAGUUGUUGCCUUGGUUCGAUGGUAUGUUGGAGGCUGAUGAAGCUUACUUUGCUGAGCACGGUGAGCCAUUGUUCUCCUCCCACAUGUUGGACUUGUCUGAGGAGACUGACGACGAGAACAUUUCUACCUGUGUUAAGUACUUCACCAGAAUGGCUAAGCUUGGCCAAUGGCUAGAAAUGGAAAUCGGUAUCACCGGUGGUGAAGAAGAUGGUGUUAACAACGAGGACGUUGACAAGGACGCUUUGUACACAUCUCCAGAGACCGUUUUCGCUGUCCAUGAAGCUUUGGCUCCAAUUUCUCCAAACUUCUCCAUUGCUGCUGCUUUCGGUAACGUCCACGGUGUCUACAAGCCAGGUAACGUUGUGUUGUCCCCAGAAAUUUUGGGUGACCACCAGAAGUACGCCGCUGAAAAGAUUGGCGGUUCCGAAUCCAAGCCAUUGUACUUGGUCUUCCACGGUGGUUCCGGUUCUACACAACAAGAAUUCAACACUGCUAUUGGUAACGGUGUUGUCAAGGUCAACUUGGACACUGACUGUCAAUACGCUUACUUGACCGGUAUCAGAGACUACGUCUUGAACAAGAAGGACUACAUAAUGACCAUGGUUGGUAACCCAGAUGGUGAGGACAAGCCAAACAAGAAGUACUUUGACCCAAGAGUCUGGGUUAGAGAAGGUGAGAAGACCAUGACCAAGAGAAUUGCCGAAGCUUUGAAGACUUUCCACACUGAAAACCAGUUGUAG